GCAUAAACCUUGGACAGACCCAGAGCAGCAGUCUUCCUCCCUGCAAAAAACAAGGUUCAGAACAAUGGAAGCUUUAAAUAAAGCAAACACAAGCUUUGCUCUUGACUUUUUCAAACAUGAGUGUCAGGAAGAUGACAACAAGAACAUUUUGUUCUCCCCUCUCAGUAUUUCAUCUGCCCUGGCUACUGUGUAUCUGGGAGCCAAAGGCAACACUGCAGAUCAGAUGGCAAAGGUACUCUACUUCAACGAAGCUGAAGGAGCCAGAAACGUCACCACAACCAUAAGAAUGCAAGUCUAUUCCAGAACAGAUGAGCGCCUAUCAAAUCACCGUGCCUGUUUCCAGAAGACAGAAAUAGGCAAAUCAGGUAAUAUCCAUGCUGGGUUUAAAGCACUCAACUUGGAAAUCAACCAACCCACUAAAAGUUACUUGCUUAGAAGCGUCAACCAGUUAUAUGGAGAAAAGUCACUGCCUUUCAGUAAGGAAUACUUACAGUUAGCCAAGAAAUACUACAGUGCAGAACCACAAUCAGUUGACUUUGUGGGAGCAGCAAAUGCAAUCAGAAGAGAGAUCAAUUCCACAGUUGAACACCAGACUGAAGGUAAAAUAAAAAGUCUGCUGCCUCCUGGAUCCAUAGAUUCACUCACCAGGCUAGUCCUGGUAAAUGCGCUCUAUUUCAAAGGAAACUGGGCAACAAAGUUUGAUGCUGAAGAUACCAGGCAAAGGCCUUUCAGAAUAAAUACGCAUACAACUAAACCAGUGCCAAUAAUGCACCUGAGUGAUAAAUUUAAUUGGACCUACGUAGAAUCAGCCCAGAUUGAUGUUCUUGAGCUUCCAUAUGUCAAUAAUGAACUCAGUAUGUUCAUCCUGCUACCACGGGAUAUCACUGGCCUACAAAAGCUAAUAAAUGAAUUGACUUUCGAAAAAUUGUCUGCAUGGACCAGUCCAGAAUUAAUGGAGAAAAUGAAAAUGGAAGUGUAUCUGCCCAGGUUCACAGUAGAAGAGAAAUACGACCUGAAAUCUACUUUGAGCAAGAUGGGAAUAGAAGACGCUUUCACUGAAGGUCAAGCUGAUUUCAGGGGAAUGUCAGAGAACGCUGACCUGUUUUUGUCACAGGUUUUUCACAAGUGUUAUGUGGAAGUCAAUGAAGAAGGCACAGAGGCAGCGGCUGCCAGUUCAGCAUCUCUAGCGUCACGAACCCUUGGUGCUACAGUUAUUUUUGUAGCAGAUCACCCUUUUCUCUUCAUUAUCAGACACAACAAGACCAAGUGCAUCCUUUUCUUGGGAAGGUUCUGCUCCCCCUAGAAAAUCAGCUAUUAAUAAACAAGCCCUUACAACAGCGAUGAACACAAUGUAUGCCAUGAAGAACACCUUGACAGACUUUGCACUUUACCAUUUUCCUGUACUAUUGACAAUCUCUUUUAGAAGAGAGCUCAAAUUAAAAAUAACAUGAAUUCAAACCUCUGAUUCAUUUUCCUCUACAAAGAAUCCUAGCAUUGUAUACUGCACUGUAGAACGCUGAACUGCACGCUGAACAACAUGGAUGUGUCUUUUCAGUGCUUUCCAAACCAGAACUGCUACAAUGCAGAACAGACUAGGCUGAUCUAAAACAGUACCUUCUGACACAGUUCCUUUCGCACGUAAGAAGAAAAGAAACAGGAGAAACUCAUUCCUGCAUACACCUGUUACAUCUCUUCAAAGCCAGCUGUCCCAGGCCAGCUCAAUCACAGCCUUGUCAGUUUUAAAUCAGCUUCACAACAUAGCAUGGCUGGUAAUGAAACAAAAGUGCAAAAUCCUCUGUGUUGCUGAUACUGGUGGUUUGCUCUUGCACACAAAGGAGCUAACACAUGUACUUUCUAAUCUCUGUCCCUCAUAAACUGGUGAAUACCAAACAAUACAGAACCAGAGUAAAGUAAAAUACAUACCUUGAAAUGC